UAUCCCAUACAUGACGAACACACCAAUUUGUUUCGUGGAGCACCUGAGCUAAGUUACCAGGCCGAGGCGAUGAAAAAAAUGUAUGGCAAAAAACACGACUCUUGGAUUCGCAAAAUGGUUUUGAACAUCGCAGGUUUCUCGAGCCAUACAUAUCAUUUCCGUAUUAGUGAGAUUAUUCUCUUGAUUGUUGCAAUAGUUUUGGAGAUCGGGUCAUCUUUGUGUCUAAACAGUGUCAAGACUAUCUGUGCCGGUCAAUGUCUCCUUUUCGCUAAGUUGUUCGAAAGAGCACGGAUUCUGCAAGGAUCUGACACAACUUGGUGCUUUUUGCCGUUGUUUUUGAACUUUAUUGCUGUUUCAAGUUCGUUGCUUCUACUCAGGUUUAUAAGCGGGGGAAGAACUAGGUCACAUUUCAGUUGCAUCCAGGCUCUCAGUCUGGUGUCACUUUCUGCAUUUCUGGUAUUUCUUGCAUCUGGGAUAAUUUCCUCUGGAUUUCUUACAUUUUGCGACUCUUUUGUCAUAAACAGAUGUAAUCAUGGUCAUUUUAAGGCAAUGGACUGGAGGAAUUUCACUCCAAAAUACAGUGACUGUGGUAAUGCCUAUCUUCUACUACAAUCAGCACAGUGGUGUAGUUGGUUUGCCUUUGCCCUGCUGUUUAUUUUGUGCAUGAUCCAUGCUACACGAUUAUUCUUUGGAUUACAAGGAAGCUCAUCUUCAUGACAACAUGCCUUACACAUGUAGGAAAACUGUUUAGAACAUAAAACAUAAUUGUUUGUGAAGUACAAGGCAAGUCAAGGUUAUUUUUGAUUAUAAAUCAUUAAUCUUGGGCACAUUGGCAUGCGGUGAAAAAAGUUCUAUGGCUGGUACCUUAAGGUACCCAGUAAGAGGACACUGAAUGAUGUUGGUGAUGCUGAUGAUGUAGAGGACAAUAAAGAUGAUGAUGAUGAAUAAAUGUUACACUGCUAAGAAGUUCUCAUUAUUUUGCAUUAGGUAUAAUGUUAAGUAAACAUAUGACUGUCAAGAACGUUGAUCAAAUGUAAGUGCCAUUGGCAUUUAAUCAAAAAUAACUGUAGAUAAUAGGAUAAUUGUCCAAAAAGCAUUAUGUAAUCGUUGCCUAAUGAUGUACGUUUUAUUAUUUAACAAGAGAAUCACAUUUACGUGAUCUACAGACUUAACGUGUAUAACAAGACUAUGAUGUACAUGUAGUUUUAAGAAGGUUUUUCAUAGCACUUGUCAUUGAUUUUUGUCUUCCUUUGAUUCUGAUCGCGAAAACAUCAGACAGGGAAAAAAGCCAGUCAAAAUCUUUCAUUCAAAGCUAAAAACAAAUUUUGACCUCAACAUGAUUAGAUGCAAAAUUAUUGUCAAGGUAAUAGUAUUUAUCUCUUUUAAAAGUUAUAAAAUUUCUGUUUUAAAUGCAUCAUGGUAACCAGGAGUUUCAGUAAGGGCCAGGCACCAUGCAAAUUGACCUGCUGUAAGCACGAUCUUGUCAGUCUGGUUUGACAAUCUGUGGAAAGUUGUUCUUAUAAAGAAGUUCAGUUCAAAAUCUUUACUUGCCUGUGAAAACUAGCUGCUUUCCUGCUGAAAUUGAUGAACCCCCUGAUGGUAACAGCCAAAAGUCAAACCUGUAUUAGCAAGCACUUUGGGAGGGUUUGAAUAUAGUUUGAAAUAUUAUACGGGGCCAAUUGCAUGGGGUGUUUGCUUGAGAUAAGAUUAUUUUAUUAAAUUUAAUAAAUAAAAUAUAAUAUUUAAUGGAAA